AUGCUGCCAGGUUUCUCAAUUGAAGACAAACCGGAGCCUCUAUACAUUGAAUCCUCCGUGACAAUGGAAUGGGCCUCGGAAACUGGAAGCUUUAAAACAGCAGACCUUCAAAAUGUCUUUCGGUACGGACAGCAGAAAACGACGGUGGCCAGUUUUCUCAGAGAUCAACGUGUCAUCACAUCGAACACAACGCCAGAAGAUUGGCAAUCAUGGCUGAAGACGCACACCCCGUCAGUCCAUAAGGACUCUGGCCUUGUGCUCAUAAUAGCACAGAAGCCCGCCGAAGCCGCGAAGAGGUCUUUUGGAACAGAGCACCUCCAAGAUUCCAAUUUUUCGGACCUCAAUCAGGAAGCCAUCGGCAAAGAAGACAUUCAAUUCGGUUGUCUCGAGAACGAAGAUGAAAUUUCGUCUGGUCUUAGUGUUCCAGAUGACAGCCGCUACGCCGACCCAGAGAAGGUUAUGAAAGGCGGGAAAAGAGAGGUGCGCCAGCUACCCUUCUGUCAGAGCGCAUUUGAGGACAUAUGCAGACGUUUCUUCGUACAUUCUUCGAUCGCCCGAACUGUUAGCCGUGCGGAUGUCCCUCUCUUUUCCAGGUCUUACAUCGCCACGAAGCUUGGGGAUGUGACUUCGGUCAGCCAUCCCUCAGUAGUGUACCAAGUCAGGUCAUCUAACACGUGGGCAGACGACAUGGCCCUAACAGCAACGUAUUUCCCACAUACACAACUAACCUUCGCCAUAUUAUUCGGGUGUCCAGCGAAUAUUGAACGACACAUACUCGGUAGAUUGAGCCGAGUGAAGCAAUACUCUUCAUAUCCUCUUGUCCUCCCAGCUAUCUUUGCCGAGUUGGAGAGUGACCGCAUGAAGACAGUGGUGAAGGCGACAGUGAAGGCCAUCGAAGACGAAAUACUCAAAUCAGGUGUUGGGGGCUCGAGUGGACCCCGCGAGGUCGAAAUGAGAGAAUCUCGGAAAAACGCAUGGCUGAACACAAAUAACCUCCGAAACAGUUUAAGAAUUUGGAAGGAGCAACUCCGCAAGAUGGCGGAACAGGUUGCCGAGUUGUCAAGAAUUCAUCAAGGGGAGAUGAUCGAGGGUGUUUUCUGGCAGGAUAAAUGCGAGAACCAGCUGAGGAACGACGCAGCCAUGAAGUCAUCAAUGGAGAGGACUGGGGCAAUGAUCCAUGAUCAACUACAACUUCUCAUCGAAGAUCAUGAAGAUAAGAUCCAAGAUUGCACAGUGGGUAUUGAAGGAAUGACGAUUGCCACGCAGUGGGCGCAAGGCGAUACCAAUGUAGACAUUGCAACCGCAACUAGCCAGGAUUCCAAACAAAUGCGUUCUAUUGCCUUGCUCACGAUGGUCUUUCUCCCUGGAACGUUCUUCGCGUCCUUGUUCUCCAUGACCUUUUUCAACUGGUCCCCAGAAGAUGGAAAGACUUCCAUAGUGUCAAGCUAUAUCUGGAUCUACUUCCUGAUCACUGGCAUCUUCACUGCAUUCACCCUUUUCCUCUGGUGGUAUUUUCUUUCAUCACGAAAGAAGAGGUACACUAUAGACUGA